AGAGAGUGUGUUGUGAAACUACGCGAGAGGCACAAAAGGCAGUCAGCUCAGCUGCUGCUUCUCAGCUAUCGCCCGUUUAUUUCCUCCAACUUAUUCUCUGUGUCGUAGUAUCGGUUGAACGCCAUGGCAAGGUCUUGGGUUAUUGAUAGCAGAGGACUUGCAACAAAGGUGAAAAAUGCCGCUCUGCCCACUGCACAUCAAAUCAAAGAUUGUGGAGCAAAUCGUGAAUGCCCAAAGUGUCACUAUAUAAUUGAUAACAGUGAUAUUUGUCAUGAAUGGCCUGGCUUGCCUGCUGGUGUAAAGUUUGACCCAUCUGAUGCAGAGUUAUUAGAACACUUGGCAGCAAAAUGUGGGGUAGGAAACUCGGAGUCCCACAAGUUCAUUGAUGAGUUCAUUCCAACACUUGAGGGUGAUGAAGGAAUAUGUUAUACUCAUCCUGAAAAUCUUCCAGGUGCUAAGAAAGACGGAAGCACUGUCCACUUCUUCUACCGUACUACAAAUGCAUAUGCAACUGGCCAGCGGAAGCGUCGUAAAAUUCAUAUCGAAAAUAGCUUGAUAAACGAGCAAGUCCGCUGGCAUAAGACUGGUAAAACCAAAACUGUUAUGGACAAUGGGAUCCAAAAAGGAUGUAAGAAGAUAAUGGUUCUCUACCGAACUUCAAAAAGAGGUUCCAAACCUGAUAAGUCUAAAUGGGUUAUGCAUCAGUAUCAUCUAGGAAGUGAUGAAGAUGAAAAAGAAGGACAAUAUGUGGUUUCCAAGAUUUUCUAUCAGCAGCACAAGCAAGUGGAUAAUAAUGAUACUUCCAUAAAAAUUGAGCAGAGUGAUAACCAUGAUGCUUUAUUAACAACCGAGCAAAGUGAUAAACAUAAUGCUUAUGAUGGUUCUCCAUCAAUUUUGGAUUAUGAUAUUGGGACGUCUCGAACCAGUCCCAGGACUCCUAAGAUAGUUGCUCCUGACCCACCUCGUCCUGGUGAAACCCCUUCCUUUGAUGAUGCCACAGAUGAUUAUUCAAUGCAACCAUCUUUUCAGGAGAUGGGCUUUGUCAAAGAAGCAUUGAAUUCUUCUUCGUCUGAUGCUCAAGUAAAAGAUAAGACAGAACACAACACUUGGUUGGCUGGAGAAUCCCAGGCUGCUGACGUAAAUGGUGUGGAUGAGCUGCUCUUAUGCAAUGAAAUUAUUGAUUCAUCGAUCCUUUCCGGUGAUUUUGGACUUGAUGGUGGGCCUUUCGGCGGUCUUACUCGCAAUACAAAUGAUGUGCCACAAGUUGUUGGGAGCUCUGCCUGUGGAAUAGCUGAACUUGAGAACUUAGAACUGGAUUCUCCACCGGACUUUCAGCUUGGGGAUCUGAAUUUUGGUUCUCAAGACAGUGUUUUUAGUUGGCUGGACAAAUUAUAGGGAGAGAGAGAGAGAGAGAGUCACUCUUAUGCUGUUCUAGGGCCAGAGUUUGUUCUUCCACCUAGUCCCUGCACCAACAAUGAUAGUUUCAAGAUUAUUGAGAUUUUGGCCUCCCGUGUUAUGCUUUUGGCAAAUGUAGUUAAACCUCUUAACAGGAUGCAGACCUGCUAAGGCCGCGGAGUUUCAACUGCAAGUCCGUUUAAGGAAACACGUCCUCUGAUAAAAUGCACAAUAACUCCAAUUUUGGUCGUAAGGCCUUUGGCCCCUGUUCUUGUUGAUCAUUAUCAGCUGAAAGUUUCAUGAGGAGUCUGAUACUUACUACUAUAUUAUACUCAGUCAGACAUUCGGCUUUCGGUGUGCUUUUCGGUCUGUAAUUUGUAAAUGUUCGCAUUUCUGCUAUUUGAAAUCUAUGGGAUUUAAAAGCUUGGUCUGUUUUAAUAUCCCAUGUGGAACCUCAAUCAUUUAUUGACAAAGCUCAUCUCAUGCUGCUAAUAUAAUCAGCGUAC